GUCCUCUCAUACUGGUGUCACCCCGGCAGCCUGGGUUCAGCAAAUAACCUAAAGAGUGUCCUAGAGACUCUUGCCAAUUCGAAGCUCAUUAGCGCUCUGAUCAGAUUCUACAUCGACAUUGAGUCAACCGGCGCCUCAAAUGAGUUCUAUGACAAGUUCUCUAUUCGCUUCAAUAUCUCCGUCAUCUUCAUCACCCUGUGGGAUGUGGGCUUUUUUAAGCCGCACUUCCUGCGUGAGGCCGAUGGGGAUCCGGCCACCUUCACAAAGUUUAUCAACCGCAUGAUCAAUGACAUGUCCUUUCUGCUUGAAGAAGCCCUUGAUGGUCUUAAGAAGGUUCGUGAACUGCAGGACCUGCGAAAUGACGCUAGUCGGUGGAGUAAGUUGUCACGGCAACAACAGCUCAACAACACCGCCGAAUCGGCUACCCACGAGCGUCAGGUAGGCCCUCCCAUCCCAGCCCCUUUUGUUUCUGCUAACUGGACAUUCUUCCGCGGGCAGGACUGUCUUUAG